AUGAGUAGCUCACAGAUUUCAUCGGGUGACCUCCGUCGCCUAGAUGAAAACUCGCCUGACGAAUGCGAGCGAACAGAAGGCCGACAUAUGGCAGUAACGGCCUCCUGUCCUCGCCUUCUCUCUCCGCCGGUUGAUGUGACCAAGGAGACGGCUGUAAAUGAGCUGAACGGUCAAACCACGGACGUCCGUGAUUCGACAUCAACUGGCAUCUUCCCGAGGCCGGAAUCGGAGGGGACAACAGUCGACACCGUCCACACUCCCUCCGGGAACGAGGCGACGGCAGGCGAAGAGGCCCCCUCUGAUCCAACCAUUGAUCGUAUGAUCAAUGGUCAGAAUCAGCCGGCUAUAAAGGCCUCAACAGCCGUUACCAAGGCUCCGCCCUCGGACGGUCACGGCCAUAACGGCCAACUUGAUCCAACUGUUGAUCUUGAGAUCAACGGAGGGGAUCACGUGGCCAUAAAGGCACCGCAACCUUUUGCGAUUGCCGAUGCCUCGGCUGGGACGCUACUGACGUCAUCAACGUCAGACACUGCGGACGAUGGCUCGCCAUCACGGGCCGAGCCCCGCUCAGCUGGCACUGUAUAG